AUGUUCUCGACCUCCUUGCCUCGUCUAUCUUCAACAGCGAUCAAGCUCCAGCGACUCUCUUCACGCCGCCUCCUCCACACCCAGAAAACAAUGACGACAACUACGCCCCCGAGUUUCCCCUUCCAACGCGCCUCGGGCCUCGAACCGCCCGCAGAAUACGCCCGCCUCCGCGCCACGGAACCCGUCUCGCAAGUGAAGCUCUUUGACGGCUCCCUCGCAUGGCUCGUGACGAAAUACAAAGACGUCUGCGCCGUCGCCACGGAUACGCGUCUCUCCAAGGAACGCACCCGCGCCGGAAUCCCCGAGCUCAGCGCCGGCGGGAAAGCGGCGGCCGCGAACAAGCCCACCUUUGUCGACAUGGACGCGCCGGCGCAUAUGCAGCAGCGCGGCAUGGUUGAGCCGCUUUUCGUGCGGGAGCACAUCGCGUCCAUGAAGCCGUAUAUCCAAAAGACUGUGGAAAGUCUACUAGAUAAAAUGGUUGAGCAGGGGUGCGACGAGCCGGUUGACUUAAUUGACAAGUUUGCCUUGCCUGUUCCAUCAUAUAUUAUUUACACCAUCCUCGGCGUCCCGUUCGAGGACCUCGAAUAUAUCACCCAGCAGAAUGCCAUCCGCACGAACGGCAGCGGUACCGCGUCGCAAGCUCAGUCUGCAAACCAAGAACUUCUCAACUACCUCGCAAAGCUAGUCGACCAACGCAACAUUGAGCCCAAGGACGACCUCAUUAGCAAGUUGGUCGUGGAGCAGCUCAGACCCGGUCACAUUGAAAAAUCGGACGCCGUGCAAAUCGCCUUCUUGCUGCUCGUUGCUGGCAACGCGACGAUGGUGAAUAUGAUUGCGUUGGGCGUCAUCGAACUCUUCCGAAACCCAGGUCAGCUCGCCCAACUCAAAGCCGACCCGUCUCUCGCUCCGGCCUUUGUCGAAGAGCUGUGCAGAUACCACACCGGCUCCUCCAUGGCGAUGAAGCGGGUGGCCAAGGAAGACAUUAUCCUCGGUGGCAAGACCAUCAAGGCGGGUGAGGGCAUCAUCGCCGCAAACCAAUCCGGCAACCGAGACGAAGACGUCUUCCCCGACCCGGACGUCUUUGACAUGCACCGGACCCCUGACCCGAACCACGCGCUGGGGUUCGGCUUCGGGCCGCACAGGUGUAUCGCCGAGCCGCUUGCGCGCGCAGAGCUCGAGACUGUCUUUGCAACGCUCUUCCAGAAGCUCCCCAGCCUGAGAAUCGCCGUGCCCAUCCCGGAUAUCGAGUAUACGCCCCUGCACAAGGAUGUCGGAGUAGUCAAGUUACCGGUGGCAUGGUGA